AUGACCGUCGGGAGGCUGCCUAAUGCGCUCAUCAUUGGCGUGAAGAAAGGCGGGACUCGGGCGCUCCUAGAGUUCUUGAGACUUCAUCCAGAUGUUCGAGCUGUGGGUUCCGAACCACACUUCUUUGACAGACACUAUAAACGAGGGUUGAACUGGUACAGGAGUCUGAUGCCCAAAGCACUGGAGGGUCAGAUUAUCAUGGAGAAGACACCCAGGUAUUUCGUGACUCGGGAGGCUCCGGGCCGGGUUUACGCCAUGUCCCAGGAUGUCAAACUGAUCGUAGUGGUACGUGAUCCCAUCACCCGCGCCAUUUCAGACUACGCUCAAAUCGCCUCCAAGACUCCCAGUGUGGCCAGUUUUGAGAGUCUUGUCCUCAGGAAUGGAACAGUGGACUCUCUCUGGAGCCCAGUUUACAUUGGCCUGUAUGCCCAUCACCUACAAAAUUGGUUAGAGCACUUCUCUCUCUCCCAGAUACAUUUUGUUCAUGGUGAGAGGCUAGUGUCCGACCCUGCAGGUGAAAUGGCAUGGGUGCAGGACUUUCUGGGCCUCCAGAGGAUUGUUACACACGAACACUUCUAUUUUAACCAGACAAAAGGCUUCCCUUGCCUGAAGAAGCCCGAAGGCAGCAGCAAACCCCACUGCCUUGGCAAUACCAAAGGCAGGCUACAUCCGAAAAUACGCCCCCAGGUGCUUCAAAUACUGCGGGAUUUUUACCGUCCCCACAACAAAAGGUUCUACAGAAUGGUUGGGUUGAAUUUUGGCUGGUAG